AUGAUGCGUGUUGUGGAAUGCCUACUCUUCGCUUUGCUGCUGUCGGUGGUUGCGACGGACGCCUUUAGCAUCCGGCAACCUGCUUCGCUACUGCAGUCUCAAGGAAGCGUUGGCUACCAACAUCAUGAUCCGCCACUGACGACACUGUUUUUGGCGGACGACAAGAGGGAUGCCUCCCGUAGUGGUACCAAGCGAGACAGAUUGGAUCGUCUGGCCGAGUUGGAGGACUCUCGCGUCGAAACGGAUAAGGGGUUCGUCGUACAAGCCGCUGGAGCCUUUGUGGCCAUUAUUGUCUUGGGAGUGGUCGCGGCCAUUGCCAUUUCGGGUGGACCUAUUUGA